AUGGAACUUGAAAGCUCCAGCCCUUGUUGCGAGGGGGCGGAUGAAGAGGAUGCACAGCUGACUCGCUUCCGGUCCCAGGCCCUGCUGAUGACGUCCUUCCGGCCGGCGCCCAUCUUGUUGGAGACUACUAUAAAAGGCGAUGCAGAGUUCGACCUCUUCAGUCUACAGGAAGUGCUGGCAGUGAGCAGUAACAUGGUGUAGUCACAGCGAUCCACCUGCAUCGGGAGUCCCAAGAUAGAGCCGGAGGAUCGGAUGAUUGCUGCGGCGGCGGCAAAGAUGUUCCACGAGUAAUCGGAGCAUCUGCAUCAAUUGCCCCUCGAGGCCAACGACGCCGACGACGACUGGGCUGCAACACCAGCGGAGGAGACACCGGAAGAUUCCAGAGGUCCGUCGCCCGUGAGAUUGUCGCCUCAGCACCGCAGCUGGGGUUCCUGGGCUGAGAUCCCAACGGAGGAGUCUGAUGGUGCUUGCAGACACCAGUCCUUCUUCAUCAGUAAUGCCUGAACUUUUGUCCCUUGAGGACAUAGGUGUAAGGUUCCAGUAUUGCAUUGCAGCUGUGGAAGACUUAGAAAGGGAACGAGAUGAGCUCAUAUGUGAACUGGCCUUACUUCGAGAGCCCUCUUUGGAAGCUGUACAGCAAGCACAUGAAGAAGUAGUGCAGGCUUAUGGACAAAGGGCUCGAGCAGAACUAGAGAGGGACACACUGAGAGAAGAAAUACGAGUAAUACGCCGCAGAUUGUUUAGAGUGACUAAAGAAUGUGUAGCAUGUCAAUACCAACUUGAAAACCAGCGCCAGGAAUUAGCUCAGAAAACAGCAGAACAAGAGGAACUAGAAACUGUGGCAGCUCGGUUAACAGAGGAGCUUUCCCAACUGCGAAAUGCCUUCACUCAACAGAGACAGGAAGAAGGACAGCGACUCAGAGCUCCGCAACACAGACCAAUCUCACGUGAACUGCAGGAAAGAAGACGGCUCUCUGCAGAGCUACAAAGCCUAACUGAGGAACAACAUGAUACCCUACAAGACCAUUAUGAAGCCAAAUUUCUUCACCUCCUAGAGCAUGCUGAAAGAGGGGCACAGGCCCUAAGGACAGCACAGGAAGAGUUGCUAAGGCUGAGAGAAGAAAUAAGGCCACUCCAAGGGGAAGCCUGCCAACUGCAGGUUCAGAAAUACAGUCUGCAGGAGCAAAUUCAUAUCAUGAAGAAGAAGAGGGAUGAUGAAGUGCUCCUUUACAGGGAACAACUGCAAGAACUGGAAGACAAGAGGAGGGAGAUUAAGAUUUCAGUCCAGCUACAGCAACAUCAGAAUAAAGAAAUGGAAGAAUUACGGAAAAGUUUAGCCCAAGAGCUUGCAAUCUACAAAGGUUGUCUCGAGCUAUAUGGACAGCUCUUCAAGUCUGUUUCAGAAAAAUGACCUCUUGAAGACAGUGGCCCGUCCAAAUAAGCAACAUCCUUGUUGCAGAUGUUAAAUCAACAGCUGGGUUAACAAAUUCAAGAUGAACACUUCUAUCCAGUGCCUAGCCUACGUUUUAUAGUAAAUUGACUAUGCAGCUGCAUUUUCUGACAAGAAAUGAAGAUAGAAGAAAGUUUCCUUAUCAGUUU